GUAAUAUAAAGUUUGAGAAAUUCUCAUAAUGCAGUUCUGUCCUAGGAUUAAUAGUAGAGAUUUCUUUAAAUGGGAACACGGGUUUAACCCAUGCUUUAUUGAAACCUUAUCUAGCACGUCGAUAUUUAUUUUUAUAUUUAUAUUUGGCUUAAUUCAAAUUCGUAUAUAUAAAAAAUACUCUAUAGAACUUGAAUAUUGGCAAAGGGCAAAUACAUUUGGAUUCCAUUUUCAAGUUACUCUAAUAUGCUUUAUUUCCUCACUAUCACUCAUUCGAGUUAUACUCCAGAAUACUGUAAAAAUGCAAAAUAUUUAUGUUGUUGACCCAAAAGAUAAGUUUUACUAUUAUACUAUCAUUGUGGGAUUUUUAUAUUUUGCAUCCUGGAUGAUGUGCCUGAAAUUAAUAUUUUUGGAAAGAAAGAGGACAAUGCCUGGUUUGCCACCUAGAGGGCAUGGCUUAACAUUGAUUACAUUCUGGGCUCUAUGCCUAAUUUGGGAAAAUUUAUCCUUUAUCAAUUGGUGUCAUGAAUAUUGGUGGUGGAAUAUCAGAAACUUAUCGGAUAAAUUAGAAGUUUCGCUUUUUUCGUUGCGGUACAUUUGCACUACCACCCUAUUCUUGAUAGGGAUAAGGGCCCCCGCGCUUUUAAGUACUCCCAUCUUCACGUACAUUCAUCAAAGAAAUUCGCCCGACAAUCCGCCUGCUAGUGAUUCUUGGUACAUCAGAUUUCAACGCAAUAAAACCAAUUCUGACACAACCAAUCUACAGUCUCAAAUAGGCCCAAGUCCAGCGGAUCCUACUAAUUCGGCCUGGAAAGGUUUGAUGUUUAAGAUGAAACUAUUCUACCCGUUUUUAUGGCCCAAAGGAGUCCCGUUAUUGCGUUUCAAACUUUUCCUGUGCAUCAUGGCCAUUAUAGCUGCCAGGGUUAUCAACGUAGCCCUACCCAUGACUUACAAGGCUAUAAUUGAUUCUCUUACGAAGAAGGAAUACUGUUGGAAAACCUUUUUGGUGUUCGUGGGUUUGCAAUUACUGCAGGGCUUCGGAGUAGGUGGCUCUGGUUUACUCACCAAUUUUCGCUCUUUUUUGUGGAUUUCCAUACAACAAUACUCGACAAAAAAAUUACAGGUUGAAAUGUAUAGUCACAUUCUUUCCCUUUCACUCGAAUGGCACAUCAACAAGAAAACUGGGGAGAUCUUACGCGUGCUGGAGCGGGGCACUCAAAGCAUAAACAAUAUUCUGAAUUACGUUUCUUUCCAAGUUGGCCCAACUCUUAUAGAUAUAUUAGUCGCCAUAAUCUACUUGAUGGUGUAUUUUGGGGUUUGGUAUUCAUUAAUCGUCGUCAUAACCAUGAUUAUGUAUAUAGUAUCCACCAUUUUGAUUACGGAGUGGAGAACCAGUCACAGGCGGGAAAUGAAUCGCUUAGAUAACAUCAUUACGUCCAAGGCUACAGAAACGUUUUUCAAUUUCGAAGCCGUCAAAUACCACGCAGCGGAAUGGUUCGAAAUUUCCAAAUACGACGAGGCGAUUUCUAAUUUUCAAAAAGAAGAAUGGAUAACCUCUUCCUCCCUGAAUGGGCUCAAUUGUAUACAAGGCCUCAUCUGCGUUCUGAUUGGUCUAUUGGGUGGUGGUCUUCUCUGCGCUUAUCAAAUAGUCAACGCGCAUGCCUCUACACACUCAACCUCUUUUUUGACGGUUGGAGAUUUUGUGCUCUACGUGAGUUACCUUUCCCAGCUAUACGCCCCUCUCAAUUGGUUCGGUACUUUUUACAGGAGUAUUCAGCAAUCCUUGAUAGACCUGGAAAACUUGGUGGAUCUCAUAAAACAAACUCCCUACGAUAAAACGGGUCCCCUUAAAUUACAAUACAUACAAGAAUCCCGAAAUAAUAACCCACCAUGGCCUUGCGAUAAUAACAAUGGUUCUCGAUCAACGGAUUACGACACUAUCGAGAAGACUAUCUUACCUCCCUUGUUCAUUACUGACGGCAAAAUAACGUUCAGGGACGUUUAUUUCUCGUACCAAUCGUCGAAAGUCAAGGAUGGAAAUAAUAACCAAUCGCCAAUCACCGGAAAUGACAAGGAUCAAAAUAAAUCAGCCAUAGAUUAUUCUUCCACGCCUUCCAUCAAUUACGCCCUCAAAGGAAUAAAUUUCGAAAUCGGAAGCUUUUCGAAUCACGAUGGUAUAGCAGCUUCGACGCAAAAUCCCAAGAUUUUAGGCAUAGUAGGACCAUCCGGCAGCGGGAAGAGCACGAUUUUUAAACUAAUCUUCGGGCUUUAUCGGCCCACCCAAGGCCAAAUACUGAUAGACGAUCAGGAUAUAGCUGAGGUAGAUCCUUUAUCUCUCCGCUCUCAACUUGGUCACGUGCCACAAGACGCCAUUUUGUUCAAUAAAUCCAUCAAUUACAACAUCGAUUAUGGAACCUUUUCUCUCCUUAAUUCUUCGUUCGACGCGAAUACCGACACCGAAAAAAACGCCGAAAACACGAGUGAAGCCAUACUAAAAGCUUCUCGCAGCGCUUUGAUUCAUGAUACCAUAUCCCGAAAUAUGCCCAAAGGUUACGAAACGGUUGUAGGUGAAAGAGGUCUCAGGUUGAGUGGCGGCGAAAAACAAAGGGUAGCAAUAGCUCGCGUUAUUUUAAAAUCGCCAAAAAUCAUCCUUUUAGACGAAGCUACCUCUUCUCUCGAUUCCAACACCGAGUCUAUAAUUCAAAACAAUUUGAACAAAGUAUUCGGGAACGAUGCCACUAUCGUGAUCAUAGCCCAUAGGCUUUCGACCGUCGUGCAGGCUCACGAAAUUAUAGUGAUCGAUAAAGGAUGCAUCGUGGAGAGGGGAAGUCAUCAACAAUUGCUAACUUUAAAGAAUGGGCUGUAUGCCGAAAUGUGGGAUAAGCAACUUAGGCAGAAGGAAAAUAAUUCAGACGAUCAGAAAUGAAAUUCAUGCUUUAUAUAUUUAUUAUAUAUCAAGAUAAAAAUUUGUUAAUAAACGUCGUUUAAAUAUAUAUAUUUUUAAAAAAAAAAAUUGCUUGAUUAAUUUACAAGUCACAUUUCGAUAUAUUAUACUUAUAUUAGCCUUUCUUAUUAUUUCUUA